GGCUGCGCUAUCGGGGGCCACGGCGAAGUAGUGACGCUCGAGCUAGCGGGACACAUGACACGAGAGCUUUUUAUUAGUGAGUCGUAAUGGCUCUCGCGGUUGUCCAAUUGGAGGCCCGUUUGUUCCCAAGAAACCUCGCUAACGGCUUUGAUGUGUGACGGAUUAAAAGGCGAAAUCAAUUCCUCCUAUUCCACACUUCCAAUAACGGCCAUUUGAUCCAUGUCGUGAUAUGUGGCUUCGUUAGUACUUGAAAAUGAUGAACACCGAAUUGAGGGGAUGUCUUCUGGGAAGAUACUUUUAUUCUGUUCAAAUGUGGCAUUGAAGUGAUGGAAAAGAAUUUGACUGGGCACAUUUCAUACUGAUCUCAGCACUUUUGCUCUGACCUACGGUUAAGUUGCAUGCCUCCUCCCACCAACAAGUCCCCACCAGUAUGCUACAGCAGAAUAACAACAACAACCAUCUAUGCCUGGACAUGGGGCACAGAGAGACUCUUCAUGGGCGUAGGUGUAAUACUGCUCCAUUCAGCAGUGCCCUCGGGCUGGGAGCCAUCCCACUGAUCAAAGGCCUGAGGGCAUGGGCUAUAAGUGGAGGCUAUUCCAGAAGCAGGAGGAAAGCUGUCCCUAAUGCUCCCCCUGAUGGCAGGACUGGACAUAGAAGUCGGGUUAGCCAAGUGCCAAGUGGCCAUAGAAAAACAGAGGACUGCAUAGCUUCAUUCCAUACUCCUGGGGUCAGACAGGGAGGUCUGGGUGCCCUAGUGACUGUGGCCACACUAAAAGGCCCGGAGGGCAGCAGACAGACUCAAACGAGAUGCCUUUUUCUCAAGGCUGAGGGAUGUAGUUAUCUCUGCACUGUGAGCAACAGGGCUGCUGGCACAAGAGGUGUGGGCCAAAGAGCAUAUAUAAAUUUGUUGGAUAGCAAUGAGACUACUUUAGGAAGAAGGAGAAAUAAGGAAGAUGUGGGAGCUUUUGAGGUCAAACCGCAGGUUAUCCCAAAGUGGAGAAAGUCCAGUAAAGUGACAAGGCCUAUAGAGAGAGGCUUGGCAGCUGAGAGUAAAGGAACAUUUGACUUCUCAAGGCUAGAACAGGGAUGGUUGGAUAAAAGGGACUCCUUCCCCACACAACUCGUUGAGAAGAAAGAGGCUUCCCAUGGAACGUCAGCAAUAGCACAGUGCCUAAAGACCAAAUACAGGCAUGUGAAUAGGAGUAUACAGCCAGAUCUUGUAAACCAGAAUGACCUGGCUAAUGGCAAUGAGAGUUUUAAUAAUGACAAGGCUCACCUAAACAGCUCUGAGCUAUUCCCCCCACCUGAGAACUCUGCCUCUGCCAAAGUUAAUGCUAGUGUUGGUGAGCAGGGCUUAGGACAUAAAUCCAGUAACUGUGAGGUUCAUACAUGCAAAGAAAGGCCUAGUCUUUGCAUCAAUGGCAUAGAUGAUGCCAAACACAGCAGUGAACAUAAGAGUGGCCUUGUAGCUGAUGCAAGUCUGUACCACACUGCAAAAUGCAAGGGACCAAACUUUGUCAGUAGUGUGCCAAAAUUCAAAGAGCACAGCUCAGGAUUUCCAGUGCUUACGCAGGUCACCCAUAAGACGUAUGGUGAUAAAGAGUUAAAGGAGAAACUUAGCAUGGGCUAUGAGGAGAGUAUUGUAGUUCCAGAGUCUAGGAACCCCUCAGACAGUACUGAAGCAGAACAGGAGUGUAACUGGAAGGACAGGAUAGACAAAGUCUCCCUGAACUCUGAGAAUGAGAAGCCUAUGUUGACCAUCCAUACUGAGUUUACAGUACAAGAUGAGGCCUUAGAUAGGGGCAGCACCAUCCAUCAGGGGAUGAAUGCUAGAGUGAGGGCUGGGUUAGGAGAGGAGCAAUGGUGCUCACCUGCAUGUUCUUCUUGGCAUGUAGAGGAUGUAGACACCAAAUGUGAGACUCCUGAGAAAAGGUUUGUUAAAUCUCAAUCACGAAUCUCCAGUUUUUUGAAAGCUGCUGCUACCUCCCUGCUUAAUCCUGUCCUCAACACCACCUCAAAUGGCACUGGAGCCUUAGCAACAAACAUCUUAGCUGCAAGUGAGCAGGAAGAGGUGGGGGCUAUAGUUGGUAACAUAGGGCCACAGCCUGGCUCUGAGCUGCUGGCAGAACAGGAGAUGGGUCUGGAUGGAGACAUGGUAACCACAAACGAGAAGCCUGUUGUGAUGGGUCAGGAAGAAGAGGAUGACUUUGGAGUCUUCAUGCAGGCAGGAGAAGAGCAAAUCUGGCCAGAAGGGUUCAAUGAGCUCCAGCAAGUGCCUUGUAGGAAGCAAGACUGUGUUGCAGAAUAUACAAACCCCUUUGAUGCAAAUGAACCUAUGUCCUGGACAUCUAAUUGGUCUGGAGUCCAGACAUCCCAGCAGUCAGUUGAUUCAUGGUCUGCCUUUGAGCAGGAGAUGGUUCCAGGGGUCCAGUGGUGGUCCUCAAAAGCAAAGGACAGCACAUACCUCACACCUACAUCGCUCCAUAAUGUGCACCGUGUGUUUUUAGAGGCUUUCUCCUGUGCAGAACCCCCCUGUGGAGAUUUUGAUUGCAUUCUGACAUUGAAUGAGCUGCUGUGGGGUCCUGCUGAAAAGAUCAGAGACAGAAAACCUGGGAACCUCAAGCUGUGGGAUGGCCUUCAAAAUCUGGAGCAGAUGAUUGAUGUGAAAUAUAAGAGAGCAGAGUGUAUGUCCCAUAAAUUCCUUCUUCGGUCACUGCACUUGGGAAUCCCCAAUUCUGAACAUGUACAUGGGCGCAAGCAAGCUGCUGUCAGGAUUUCACCAAACCUUCUCAUCUCCGGCCAGACGUUAGCUGCUAAAGCUAAAAGAAGACUCUCUUAUGACAUCAACAGGAAUAUUGUGGCCUAGCCUUCAUACCUAAUAAAACACCACAGAACUAUGCUGCGCUUUUAAAAAGAGAUUGACGACAACUCUGUUUACUUUCCCUUCACAGAUAUGUGCACUUUGACACUGUCUGCCCUCUCUGAGCUCAACUGGAAUUUGUUGUGUUUUUUCGGAGCUUCUCAGUGUAUCAGUUUUCCUAGCUGUUUGUUUUAUAACCUGUAUCACUGCAGACAUCAUGCAGGAAUUUAAUAUUAUAGAAGGAUAAUACUAAACUGAUGGGGGUGAACUAUGGAUGUCUUACUUAUAUGACAUAAGGGCUGAAGCUACUGAGGUCUGUCACAGUUUUGUGCCAAAACUAAGAACAGUUCAAAUGUACUCUGUGCAGAUUCUACUCAUAAACUUGGAUGCUUGUUUCAGUAUUUAUGUAAAGUCUCUUAACUGCAUUUUUGAUAACCAGUUCGCUUAUCAGAGUCAUUGUUACAGAUCAUAUUCUUCCAAUUACCAUUUUUAUUUUGAUGUUUCACAGUUUAGGAGUGUUGUCCAUUGUAUGAAAGUUUGUAUCUGAGCUCAACACAUGGUGAUCUGAACAAUAAUCAUAUGGACAUGAUUAGAGGAAAACAGGUUUUUAGAUAUUUCAAAAAAGACCCCCCCCACACACACACACACACACACACAUCACAACAGCAAAGAGCUUAAGAGGAAACCACACUUGUUUACUUUCUAUUACAUUUGCUUGUUACCUGUGCUUUACAUUCUGAAUAUUAAACUAGUGUGACAUUUUUAACAAAUGUGAAAUCCUGAAAAAAAUAAAGACUUUUUUUUUUUUCAGUUUUAACAUCAAUGUUCACAGUUUAAGAUACUUGUCAUGUUGAUACAAUAAAUGAACCCAUGAAUUUGA